UUCAGUAAGAACAAAACUCAGAAGCCGUGGUUUCGAAAAGAGGAUCUGCAAGAAGUGAAUGAUCGCGCUCGAAAAGCGUACGAAUCCCUUUUGACCGUCACUGCCCCUAUUCCGGAUAGUAAAGAAUUUUCUGAAUUUUCCAGACAAGUACAAAGUAUUGCCAAGAAAGAAUUUGGUUUUGACUAUGGAACAGAAGAGGUCAACACAUUUGUCACGUCCAUGUACGAAGCUGUCAUUCUUUAUGUAUUAGCAGCGACUGAAAUCUUGAAAGAAGGUAAAAAUAUUACCAACGGUACAGCCGUUACACACAAAAUGUGGAACAGAACAUUUGAAGGGAUGACUGGUAACGUCAGUAUUAACAGUAACGGAGACAGAGAUGCUGAUUAUGCCCUAAUGGAUAUGAAUCCGAAAACAGGAAUUUUUGAGAUUGUUGCUAUGUAUUACGGUGCCACAAAGCAGUUUGUAGACAUCGACGGAAAAGAAAUUCAUUGGCCUGGUGGCCGCCAGGGGCCGCCACCAGAUACACCUCCAUGUGGUUUUGAUGGAUCAGAAUGUCCAGAGACACCUAGAUAUGCCAUUUUCACUGGAAUACUGACUGGUUUAUUGAUUGUUCUCACCAUAUUAUCUUUAUUUAUCUACAGACACUACAAGUUCGAAGCCGAGAUUGCUUCAAUGAGUUGGCGAAUAAAACAGGAAGAAGUUGUCAUUAAUCCAUCUUUCAAGCGCCAUUUUGGUUCCAAAAUGAGUUUUACAAAGUUCAGUGGCUCUAACUCUCUCUCUUGUGGAUCCUUAACAUUAGGAGACCAAAGUCGACAGAUAUUCACCAAAACAGCUUAUUACAAGUCUACCUUGGUUGCGAUUAAACCAGUGAACAAAUCCAAGAUCGAAAUUAACAGACAAUUUCUGUUAGAAAUCAAAAAGAUGAAAAGCUUGCAGCAUCAUCAUAUUGCAAGAUUUAUCGGCGCAUGCGUUGAUUCUCCUAUUCCCUUCUUGAUAACUGAGUACUGUCCAAAGGGAAGUUUACUGGAUAUACUGGAGAACGACCAGAUAGCUUUGGACUGGAUGUUUCGAUACUCUUUAACACACGACAUAAUAAAGGGUAUGGCUUAUCUCCAUGGCAGCGAGGUUCGUUGCCAUGGAAACCUAAAGUCGUCCAAUUGUGUGGUUGACAGCAGGUUUGUACUGAAAAUCACAGACUUUGGUCUUCACAGCCUAAGAGUGUAUGAGGAGAAUGUUGAUUCUUACGACUACUGGAGAAGAAAAUUAUGGACCGCGCCCGAACUUCUGCGCAUGCCCAACCAGUUCAAUGAAGGAACACAGAAAGGUGAUGUCUACGCAUUUGCUAUCAUAGCACAUGAGAUUGUGGCUCGAGAAGGCCCCUUUUAUCUUGGCAUUCCAGACGUCUCUCCGAAAGAAAUCGUUGAAAAUGUGAAACAUGGACAGAAACCACCGUUUCGCCCUUAUUUGGAAGAAGAGGUGUGCAAUAAGGAGAUAGAAGAGAUGAUUCAAAGAUGUUGGGCAGAAGAUCCAACAGAACGGCCUGAUUUUCAGGCAUUAAAGUCUGUUAUAAGGAAAUUAAAUAAAGACAACGAAAGCGGAAAUAUUCUGGACAAUUUGUUGUCAAGAAUGGAACAGUACGCCAACAAUCUAGAGACGCUGGUUGAAGAACGGACUGCAGAUUACCUGGAAGAAAAAAGAAAGGCCGAAGACUUACUGUAUCAGCUUUUGCCUCGAUCUGUCGCCAGUCAACUGAUACACGGAGAAUCAGUAACAGCAGAAGCUUUUGACACCGUCACUAUUUAUUUCAGCGAUAUUGUGGGUUUUACUGAACUUUCGGCUGAGAGUACGCCAAUGCAGGUCGUAGAUCUUCUGAACGACUUGUACACGUGCUUUGACUCCAUCAUAGAAAACUUCGAUGUGUAUAAGGUUGAAACAAUUGGAGACGCAUACAUGGUUGUAUCGGGAUUACCCGUUCGUAACGGAACCUUUCAUGCCCGAGAAAUAGCCCGGAUGUCGAUAGCUUUGCGAAAUACUGUGAUGUCAUUUACGAUACGUCACAGAACAAACGAACAACUGAAGUUGAGAAUAGGAAUUCAUACAGGUCAGUAG